GCGCAACCUCGGGGGCGUGAGCCUUGUCGGAACCAGGAAGCGAGCUGCUGCCAGGGCUGGGGCGACAGGCAGCAAGCAGGGAAGGUGCUCUUCGGAUUUCCUGCCUCGUCCUCGUUUCUGAUUUCCAGGCGGAGCAGAUCAGUUAACGGUGCCGUCUGACAGAGGAGGAAGGGUUGCCAACUUUCCUGCCCGGCAAGUUUGCAGGAUGACAGUGAAAAUUUUUGCAAACUGCGUAUUCUUCGUGAAAGUGAAAAAAUUAUCCGUUCUGGAAAAGAGCAGACUGAAUGGCUGCAUUAAAGAAAAUGGUGGGCAGAUUAAAUUUGUUUUAAAUCAUGAGUGUACUCACGUAGUCACUGACGACGCUACUGCACUCAGCUCCAUUCAUCUGAAAGCUGUCAAGAAAUAUCAGCUGCCCAUUGUAGGUGCUGAUUUCAUAUGGAACUCGGUUAAAGAAAGAAGACUUUUACAGGCUGAUGACUACGAAGCCCAGCAGUCAUGGAGGGAAAAUUCUCAUGGACUAGAGUCCUCCUCGGAAGACGAGUUGCUGUCGGAACACUCCUCUGAAGUUUACGGAGAUGACCACCUAGAAAAGAGGACUCCUGGAAAGAAUGAAUGGAACAGCAGCAAGGCCCAUGACAACAGCAAUGUGGGUGAGCUGAGAUCAAAUAAUGAUGAAAAUGUUCCUUAUUUCCCUGAAGGCUUUGUGGUUGCAAAGUAUGAUGUCCUUGAACAGGUUACGGCACCUGGCAGGUAUGUGGUGGUUGAACUUCAGUGCUCUCAGCAGCACUGUGAUUAUCCUUUCUGCAUAAGCACAUGCUACAGUCAGUUGGAUGGGAAAGAGUUCAAGAAACGGUUUAUACCAGCAAGGACUUCUGAAGAGGCUAGAAUAGUCUAUGAGCUUUGUACUGCAAAUCUGAAAAAUGAGAAUUACCAGUUCAAAGAAGAUUUUCCCCAUGAAGUGGAAUAUCUAGCUUCAGAAAAGCUGCAAGAGGUGCUUAUAGCAGAAGCCACAAAUUCCAGCUCUUUGCCUGAAACAGUCAGCAAGUUUGUGGAACUGAUCUGGAUUGAAGCACUUGGACACCUGGCUCCGCUGCUGGCUAAACCAGUAACCGAACUCAGCCUCAACGAUGUGAGCAGAGCAGAAGGUAUUUUGCUCCGAGCAAGGAAGGCACUGGAUUUAUUGGAAUCGCCGAAAGAGAAAAUGGAGAUAAUGUCAGAGUUUUAUAAAAUCAUACCUCACAAAAUUAUGGAUUAUGACGUAACCAGAAAGUUGUUAUCUACCAAGCACAGUCUCUGUCAGCUAAUCAGGGACAUGCUGAACGUUCAUGAAACAAACAUGUCAAUUCCUAACCCACCGUCCCUUUCCAAGUACCGAGCUCUGAGAUGCAGGAUAUGUCCUGUCUUUGGAGAAGAGUUUCAGGAUAUUGAAGAAAAGAUGGACCAAUAUACUGGUGAACAUCCCGUAGAAGUUUUGGAGGUCUAUAGAGUAGGCAGAAUGACGGAAGUAGCAGCUUUCGAGAGCCAUCUUGGCAAUGUCCAGACUUUAUAUCACGCUUCGUCUGUUCACAACUUCGUUGGAAUCCUCUCCCGGGGACUGCUCUUGCCAAAGAUUGUCGUUGAAGAGCAUGGCGUGGAAAGAACGGAUUGUGGGCACUUGGGCAGCGGCAUCUAUUUCAGCGACUCCGUAAGCGCAUGCAUCAACUACUCUUGGCCAAACAGAACAGAUGGAACCCGGUUACUGCUAAUUUGCGAUGUAGCCCUUGGAAAGUGUUUUGAAACAGGACACAUGGACAGUUCGUUAACCGCAGCACCGCCAGGCUAUGACAGCGUGCAUGGACUUGCCAGGAAAAAGGGGAAACUGAGAAAGGGAAGAGACUUCAAGGAUGACGAAUUUGUGGUGUACAGAGCUAGUCAGGUCAAAAUAAAAUAUGUGGUUAAGUUUUCCCUCGCCGGUGACAAAGUGAAGGAGUUCCAUCCUGAGAUUCAGGAUGUGCCGCCUUCCGUAGAGCAUCAGCCACAGCCCGAAGAUUACCAAAUGCCAAGUAAAAAUCUGCUAAAUAAUGUGACUGCUGGUCUUCUGGACAGAUCUGGAAACCCAAUUCCUCUCAAAGGUCUUCAUAUCAAGGGACGAAUAGUAGACUUCGUAGCAGAGGUUGUGGUGUUCCAGGUCUAUGAAAAUCAAUCAGACAGCCCCAUUGAAGCAAAAUAUGUAUUUCCUUUGGACGACACAGCCGCUGUAUGUGGAUUUGAGGCUUUCAUUAAAGGGAAACAUAUCAUAGGAAAGGUUAAGGAAAAGGAGAAGGCACACAGAGAAUACAGAGAAGCCAUCAGUCAAGGACAUGGAGCUUACUUGAUGGAUCAAGAUGCACCGGAUAUCUUCACCGUUUCUGUGGGAAACCUGCCUCCUUCAACCAAAGUCCUCAUUAAAAUCACCUACAUCACGGAGCUCAGUUACGAGAACGAAUGCCUUGCCUUCCACUUGCCGGCUGCUGUGGCGCCUUGGCAACAAGACAAAGCGCUGAAUGAGAACACACAGGACUCAGUAAGGAAAGUUUCCAUUAGGCAAGUUGGAACAAAACCAGGUGGGUUCUCUUUGGAAAUGUCAGUUGAAAUGCCCUUUGAAAUUAAAAACAUUAGCAGCUGGACACAUCAGCUUGAAAUAAAGAAAACUGACUGUAAAGCUGUGGUUCGGACUGUUGACAACAGUUUCUUGGACACCAGUGGCUUUGCAAUGGAAAUCCUUAUCGGUGAUGUUCAUUUGCCCAGAAUGUGGGUAGAAAAGCACCCGGGCAAUGAGACUGAGGCGUGCAUGCUUGUGUUUCAACCGGAGUUCGAAUCGGCACUUGACCCUCGAAGCACCAGCGGGGAAACUGUGAUCUGCCUCGAUUGCUCCAAUUCCAUGGGAGGUUCGACAUUCCAGCAAGCCAAGCAGAUUGCCCUCUAUGCUCUAGAGUUGUGUACUUUUACUUCGAGAAAUAUAAGCGUUAUCAAAUUCGGCACAAGUUUUGAAGAAUUUCCUUUCGAUCCUAAACCCCACAUGGCGGAUCUUGCAGCUCUGAAAAACUUUAUUAUAUCUGCCACAGCUUCAAUGGGAAAUUCCGAUAUAUGGAAGGUUUUGCAUUACCUGAGUUUGCUGUACCCUUCUAAAAGCAGGCGCAACAUUCUUCUUAUAUCUGAUGGACAUAUUCAGAACGAAGGCACGACCUUGCAGAUUUUGAAGAAAAAUACACACCACACUAGAAUAUUCACAUGCGGAGUGGGCCCCGCAGCAAAUCGUCACAUGCUGAGAUCUUUAGCCCAGUAUGGAGCUGGAGCCUUUGAAUACUUUGAUGCAAAAUCCAAAUAUAACUGGGAGAGAAAGAUGAAGAGUCAGACAUCAAGAAUGUCUUCUUUAGGGUGCAAUGCCAUUUCCAUCAAAUGGCAGCAGUUUGAUUUUGAUGCACCUGAGCUAAUGUACGCACCUGCUCAGAUACAGUCUCUCUUCAAUCACGACCGACUUCUGAUCUAUGGAUUCAUCUCUCACUGUACUCAGGCCACUUUAAAUGCACUAAUAGACGACAAAGAGCUGCAGACUGUGGUGUCCACAACUGAGCUGCAGAAGACAACGGGCACGAUGCUGCACAAACUUGCAGCAAGAGCCUUCAUUCGAGAUUAUGAACAAGGGAUUCUUGAUGAAGAUGAAACAGAACAUGAGAUGAAGAAGCAGCUGUUGAAGUCCCAAAUCAUUGAGCUCAGUCUGAAGAACUCCAUUGUGACCCAGUUUACAAGUUUUGUGGCAAUUGAGAAAAGGGAUACAAAUGAAGACCAGACUGCUGAUACUCUGGAUGUUUUGGAACUUGUAGCCAAGAAGGAUGUAGACAUCUUACCCUACAUGGAAUAUCAGUCAAAAGGACAGACGGCUCCUUGCGAGUCCCUAAGUUUUUCAUCAAGAGCCUCCAUCGUUGAGGAGGAGGGAAUAGGCCUUGAGGAGGAGGCGAUGCUUGACUUUCGUUUAGCAGAAGAUUUUGGAGUUUAUGAAGAAUUGACUAUUGAUAAGGAAGAAAUAGAAUUUGUGGAGAAAACGAAAAAGAAACGCAGAAAAAUGAAGUCUGUGGUUUCCACGGCUGACCACGUGCCUGAAGCAUUUCAAGAUGAGAGCAGAGAUAUGUCAGCUGCUCCUCCACUGCGGAUGUCAUUUCUUAAGAAGCAACCUAAGAAGGCAGUUCCACUUACUGAGGCAGAGAAUUUGAGUAUGUCACUGCAGGAGGAAUUUACAGGUGGCACGCCGGCAGGUGACACGAGCAGUUGUCUUCUCAGUUCUGACUUGAAGGUGCCUUCUCCUCCUGUUGCUGGCAGCAAGCUUGAAGGUAGCUCCUUAGGCUUCGGUUUUGGAAUCCAAAAUAGUGCUCCGAUAAGCGCCCUUCCUCCACCGCCUCCUAUUCCUCUAUAUGGGAACAUCCACAAGUUUGGAUCACCUGCAACUGGUCUGUAUGGUUCUGCUUUUGGAUCACCUACUUUUGGAUUACCUGCAGCUGUUCAGUUUGGUUCACAGGCAGUCCCCCAAGCUCCGAUAGGCACUGCUUCACCACUGCCGCCUCUACCUGGAGGCAUCCCCAACACGUUGGCUUUUGGGUCAUCUGCAGCUGGUCUGUUUGGUUCUACUUCCAGUCCCAGUUUGGGUUCACAGGCAAUUCCCCAAGCUCCGAUAAGCACCGCUGCUGCUGCUCCACCACCACCUCUGCCUAGAGGCAGCCUCAACAUGUUUGCUUCGGGAUCACCUGCAACUGGUCCGUUUGGUUCUAUUUUUGGAUCACCUGCAACUGGUUCGUUUGAUUCACAGGCAAUCCCCCAAGCCUUUAGCUUGAGGAAAUUUGAUAUGCUUCAACAGAAGGAUCCAUUUCCACUUCCAGCGCUUCCACCUAAAAGAGCGUUUGCUCCUCUUAAGCUUUCUCUAGGACAUGGAAAAGCAUUUGCGCAAGGAAGUGCACAGGAGUCGGUCAGCCCUCUUCGCAGAGUGCCAGAAAUGCAGCGCUCAAAGGAUACUCUCCUGGAGAUGCACAAAAUGAAAAAGGGUCAAUCAUUUCCUGCACAGAAGCCACUAAGGGUUGUAUCCUGGCCUCAACUCUUUAAACUCCAGAAUCAGGAUGGUUUUUGGCAGCUGAUCCCUGAGCUUGGGACUCUUCUGGAUUUCGAUGUGGAUUAUUUUGUCAACGUUUCACUUGCAAAAAAGGGAAUUAAUUCACUUGGCCCCAAAGGAAAAGAGAAGCUGUUGCGGUUGAUUGCUACACUUCUGGUGCUACAGGUUAUACGUUUCAAGCAACUGGAAGGCCUCGUCUUCAGAUCUUUAACAACACUGAAUGACUCUCCCCCAUCGUGGGCAUUUGAACCUGUAAAGAAAGCAGUUGAGUGGGCAAGGAGAACUGAACGAGAAUUUCCAGCAAUUUGCCAGCGUCUUGAUCUGGGGAAAGACUGGGAUUUUGCCACGAAGAAGCUGCUGCAUAUUGAAGAGAUUGGGAUCGGCAUCACUGUUGUUUCCCCACCUCAUAUCUAGUCAGACUAGCAGAAAAAUGGCACCAUCAUCUAUUUGCUUGUCUCUAAUCAUAAUAUGUUGAUUUUAUCUGAUUAAGAUUUUGGUUUUCUAUCUAUGUAUUUGAUCAUGGAACUUUGAUACUCCAGAUUGUAACCAAGAAUAUAAAACACCAAAAAAAUAGUAUGCAGUAAAUAUUAUGACCUGUUUUCUCAGUGUUCAUUUUGGGUUGGGGUUCAUUUUGUUUUAUAAAAUGGUUGUUUUCUGUUUUAGGAGAUAUUCUGACCAGGAGGUUCAGUACUAUUCAUGUCAAAAGUUUAGCUGAUGAACCUGGUAGUUAUGGGGAAGUGAAAUAUAAAGAUUGACAAGCAAAAUGGUGGGGCAGAAGCUUAAACAAGUUUGUGGGAAUGGAAACUGUUUGGAGAUUGACUGCGUAGUAUUUAUUUUUUUUAACAGGUUUCCAUCAGUGUAACAGAUUCAAUGAAAAUGUUCCCGAAUCUUAUUGCCUCUGGUAGUUAAUGCUGGCGAAAGAAUGAAUGCCACAUAGUAGCUAAGUAUAAAGCAGAAAAAGGUUCCUCCAGCCAUAAGCUGAUAAAGAAAGUGCUAUCAGAGUGGAUGAAAGAAUGUAUUGGGAUAGUUUGCAUUUAGUUUGGAUUUGUAAACACUGUCUCUUUAAAAAUUAAUAAGUAAUCAUUAUAGACACAUUAGCCCAACAGUUAUUUUCUGAACUAAAUCAAUACAUCUACUCAGCACAAAUAUUUUUCUGUGUAAACAACCAUUCUGAUAAUUUUUCAAAUAUAAUUGCACCUGAUGAAAAUAAACUGCGCUAAGCUGCUCA